UUUUUUUACCUUACUUUCCCUUACUAGGAGGUUAUAACCAUAUCUCCGAAUCGAUGCACACGUUGAAUGAGAUGAGACAUGAAGACGUUGUUCUUGGUCAGCACUAUGACGAGACUCAGGAAUAUGGACUGGAAGCUGCACCUACCCAUCACACAUACUUGGAUAACAGUUCAGAGUUCUAUCCAACAGACGCUUCUCUGUCUCUCAGUCAAGAAUCAAAGUAUCAACCUCCAUAUAUGGGAAAGAAUUUUCGAGGGAGGUAUCCUACUCAUGACAUGGGAGUAACAGAGGGAUACAGCCCUCACCAUUACGAACCGCCGUUUCAAACCGUUCCUUCCUCUGUGCCUACAUCUCCCGGCCAGUGGCCGCCGGAAUUGGGAGCUCACAUGGGCCUUCAGGGAAAUCACGCUCCGCAUCCCCACCAUCCUCACCAUCAGGGAUUCGGAGGACUCACAACGCGAGACAAUCCGCUCGGACCCAUGGGCCACGUGCAGACGCAAGUCCCGGGACAUGGAGGUGACACCAAACCCGUCAUUCAGGCCGCCGUACUCGCAGGUUACUCGGGUGUGUUUUUGGUACUGUUAUGUGUAGUGUGCAUACGGUAGGAUAGAUGGAAUGCGUUUCCAUCUAUGCUACGUUGCAAUCUUCUGCAACUGUGCCAAAGACUAUAAUGAAGGAAAAAUAUGUAGGAUUAACUAUAAUCUUUCUAAUGCUUGUCAAUUAUGAAUUAUCUCAAGAAAUGAAGUAUUAUAUACACAUUUAUUCUCUUUUAACACUUUUUCUGAUUAAUUAUAAAAUUAACAAUGCACUUACUGAAAAAAACCUGCAACUUUAUUAACUUAAAAAUGCAUGUUGGCAUGCAUUAGCACAUAUCUUAAAAGUAGAUUAAUUAUCUAAAUCAAAAAUAAAAUGAAAAAAUGAUAGAUUUUGUAUCUGAAACCAUUCUGAAACUAGUAACUAUAAACAAAGAAAGUUGUCCACUUUUAGAAGUGAUGAUCAGGAUUUUUAAUAUAAAAAAUUAAUUAUUAGCAAACUUACAAAUAGAUGUUUACAAUCAGUUCAAAAUGACUUUAACAGCAUGAUUUUUCAUUUAAAAUAAAAGCUAAAUUAUCAUCAUAAUUUCAAUCCUACAUAUUUUUCAACAGCAAAUAAUUUAUUAAAUUAUUUCUUUAGACACAGAAUAUAUAGAUAAUGAACAAUAAUAUAUAAAUCUAUUAUAAUGAAUUUAAUUUUAUAAUCAUCACUGUUGCAGCAGACACUACACAGAU